UUAUAAUAGAUCCAUAGAUCUAAAAGUUUUCCGAACUUUCUUCCGAAGACCAGAGCAAAACCAGAAGAAAAGAAAUGGACGCAAUUGAUUCAGUUUUCGAUCCGCUAAGAGAAUUCGCUAAGGAUAGUGUUCGUCUUGUCAAGAAAUGCCACAAGCCCGAUCAAAAAGAAUUCACGAAGGUGGCGUUUCGUACAGCGAUCGGAUUCGUGGUCAUGGGAUUCGUAGGGUUUUUCGUCAAGCUCAUCUUCAUCCCCAUCAACAACAUUAUUGUUGGAUCUGGUUAGGAAGCACGAGAAUUGGUAUGAUUUCUCAGCAUCAGGGCAAAAGAUAGAUUUACAUAAUCUGAGUUCAUAAAGUAAUUCAAACUCAGACAUGGGGUUCUCUAGUUAUCUUUAUAUUCAAUUUUGUUGCAGAUGAUUUUUGUUUUAGUAUUGUAAUACUCCUGUUGAAAAAAAAACCACAAUCUGUUGCCACUUUUGGUCAA